UUACACCACACACCUCAUCCCAACUCACCACCAAACUACGCUACACUACAUCACAUCAAAUGUCCGCUCCUAAUUAAAAGUACGCCAGAGGCUUUCUUCUGCAAGCCUUCCACCCCGUCUUUCGAAUAGUCGCUAAAUUGCAGCUAGAACACUCCUUUGAGUCUCAUUUCCCAGCCGUAAGCUGCCUGCCUGACUGGGUACAACUUCCGUAAAGAACUGCCUGGUCAACCGUCACAGCUCUGUCAAUCAUGUAUUCUGAAAAGCUCAAUGUCAUUGCUCUUAUCUCGGGAGGCAAAGACAGUUUCUUCAGCCUGAUCCACUGUAUCGAGCACGGCCAUCAGAUCGUGGCUCUUGCAAACCUGUUCCCAGGACCAGGGACUUUGUUAGCAUCAGACUCAAGUUCAGCUACUACACGCGGACAAUCACCGUUCCGCCAGGAAGACGCCACCAAGGCUGAACCAGAGACCAAUCUCCAGACGCCUUCGGAUCUCUCAUCUCCCGUGGGCUUCCAGCGCAUCGAUCUGGGUACCUGGACACCCCAGCCGUCUGAUCCUACCACAGAGGAUCAUGACAGCCUUCAUCAGGGUCAGGGCUCCGGGGAAUCUUCCGACACGGACCUCAAUAGUUUCAUGUACCAAACAGUCGGGCACGAAGUCCUCCCCCUGUACGCCGAUGCAACUGGUCUACCGCUAUAUCGGCUACCCAUCACUGGACGUGCGGUCCGCCACGAGAGGGACUACGAUGCCACGGCUAAUGCCCAGGACAAGGUCCAGGACAGUGACGAGACGGAGUCAAUGCUUCCCUUGUUACAGUCCAUUAUCGCCCGCCAUCCAGAGGCCAAUGCUGUAUGCGCCGGUGCCAUCCUCUCCACCUACCAACGCACCCGUGUUGAGUCAAUAGCACUGCGCCUAGGUCUUGUGCCCCUGGCCUACCUAUGGCAGUAUCCGGCCUUACCAUCCCCAUCCGCAGCCAUCUCAGCCGAUACCCAGUUGUUGAUUGAUAUGGCCAAUGUUGGAUUAGAGGCAAGGAUCAUCAAAGUUGCCAGUGCUGGACUAGACGAGAACCAUCUCUGGGAACGGGUAUCAAGCGAAGCAGGCUCGAGCCGUGUCAAGAGUGCAUUACGCAAGUUUGGCUCAGCUCAAGGUGCGGCAGCCCUAGGAGAAGGUGGUGAAUUUGAGACGCUCGUCCUGGAUGGCCCGUCUUCCGUGUUCAAGAGGAAAAUUGUUGUCCCGGAACAGGGGCGUAGGAUAGUGCGUGAAGGAGGCGGUUGCUCAUGGCUUAUGUUGGGUGGUGCACGGGUAGAAGCCAAGCAUGAUGCUGCAGCCAACCCAACGGUUCGGAUCCCCAAUCUCCUCGAUCCUCACUUCAAGACUGUAUUUGACGACCUACUACCACCCCUGAAUGAGUUGAAAGCUGCGAAGCCUUCUGCUAUCUCAAGGAGGUUGGCGCCACUAUCCCCAGAUGCAGGGUCCUUCACUACUGAUAGCGAGCUUUUGCGUUGGUCUGUCCUUCCAGACUUCGGCUCCAGUGAAGUGCCGAUACAAGAUGAAACCAUCCAGGUCGUAGAAAAGAUCAGAGAUUUGGCGUCAGAGGCCGGUGUUCAACUCUCCCAAAUCACAAGUACCAUCGUCAUCUUAAGACGCAUGUCAGACUUUCCUACGGUUAAUGGCGAGUACGGCAAGAUAUUCACUAAACCGAACCCACCGUCGCGAGUGACCAUCUCCUGUGGUGACCUCCUGCCGGCCGGUGUGAAUAUUGCCAUCUUUCUAACUGCUCCUAUAUCUAAAGCGACACAGGACCGCAAUGGCCUCCAUGUCCAGUCCAGGUCAUACUGGGCACCUGCAAACAUUGGUCCCUACAGUCAGGCUAUAGACGUGCCUGUGACAGCUCAAGGCCAGUCUACAGGUCUUCGGUGCAUCUCCAUUGCCGGUCAAAUACCCCUGAUUCCAGCAACAAUGCUCCUCCCAUCCACGUCUGAGAAGUCACACGAGCUUCAAAUUGUCCUAUCUCUGCAACAUUUGUGGCGAGUUGGUCAGGAGAUGAAGAUUCAGUGGUGGACAACCUCAGUUGCUUACUUCCCCCGUGCCAACUCGUCCGAGAUUCAGCGCAGCGCCCAGCUGGCAGGGUAUGCUUGGAAACAAGCACACGGAUCUCCAGAUGAGGAAGGGGAUGGCGAUAGCGGCCCUGAUCUCUGGGACUUGAAAUACAACCCUGCCUACAUGUCGCUCGGUAACGAUGACAAGAAAUCCCGAAAGACCAUUCCGGACUGGGAGGCCCUGACUCUUCGUCAACAGAAUGAGCCUGAGACUUGUAUCCCGCCUAUGUUUGCUGCUGAAGUGGAAGAGCUACCCCGACAGGCUGCAGUGGAGUGGCACGCUCAUAACGGACUUUCGAAAAUUGAAGAGGCGAGUUUUUCGAUGUGCUGCUUGUCUGAGCUCGGGCUUCAGGGUUGGAAAACAUGGCACUCAGUCGUCACAACCGCAAGUGCUAUUGUCAUCUACAGUACAGUAGCAUAUGCUCAUGCUGAUAGGCCUUCGUCUGCUUCCCUGGGUAGCUUGAAGACAGAUAUGUGCAAAACUAUGCAGGAGUCGCUUCGUCAACUCCACCCUCGCGGGACAGAAACUGUUCAUACCCAAUUGACUUUGGUAUAUGCAAAUGCGGCUCAAAUUGUUUCCCUAUGGAACAACACUGGAGACAACUGUGAAGUGGCACUUAUCCCGUGCCGGUCAAUCUGGUCGUCUGAUGGACAAAGCGUUGCUAUUGUGGGCUUAUUUGAAACGACGUUUAUACGAGAAUCAUGAUUUUAUGACUGAUUAUAUGAACGCAUUUACAGGAAUUGACUAUUUUUAAAACGUUUUCUAUCUCCAAUCCCUCUUAUGCGCACCCAGCUGGAUCUUGUACGAUAGCCAGUGUACAGCAGGCAAAUAAGUUGGAACA